CAACAUGAGCUAUUGUAGUGGAUUCUUCUCUCCCAUGGAAUGCACCAAGAGAAGCCUUUUCCUGGUUUUCAUCAUCUCUUUUACAGCAAUAUAUUUGAUUCCCUAUUUUUAUAUUUAUCACCUCACCGCUCUACCUAAAAGUGAUGAUCUUCCCAUGGAAAGCGAAAAGAGUUUACUAACAAAAAUAUUUCCAAAUUUCAAACAAAUCUCAGGGAAAGAAAGCGGAGAACUACCACCUGAAAAUGAGCAAUCAGGGAAUAAAGCCACACCCGCUGUGACACAGCCAUUUGCAUUCCUUAUUAAUGAAGAAGAGAAGUGUAAAGAUAGAACCCCUUUCUUGGUGUUGCUGAUAUCAACGACAGCAGCCGAGCUCCAGCGCAGAGACGCCAUCCGCGGGAGCUGGGGGCGCGAAGCCGCGGUUCCGGGCGCGGACGUCGUCCGGCUCUUCAUGCUGGGCAGCGACGCCGCGGGUGACAACGGGGACGUUCUGCUGAGAGAGAGCGAGCAGUAUCACGACAUCAUCCAGCAGGACUUCCUGGACACUUACAACAACUUAACUCUUAAAACUCUGAUGGGCAUGAGCUGGGUGGCCGCCUACUGCAGUGGCACGAGGUUUGCUAUGAAGACAGACAGCGACGUUUUUGUCAACACGAUGCACCUGAUUGAAAAGCUCCUCAGGCCUCUCCCGCCUCCCACACAGAAUUAUUUCACAGGCCAUUUAAUGACAGGGCACGGCCCUAUUAGGAAUAACACCAGUAAAUGGUACAUGUCAGAAGAAGAAUUCCCAGAUAACAGCUACCACCCUUUCUGUUCAGGAACUGGCUACGUCUUUUCUGGAGACCUGGCUGCAAAAAUUAUAAAUGCUUCUUUAAGGAUUAAAUAUAUACAUUUGGAAGAUGUUUACGUAGGGUUUUGUCUUAAUGCAACGGGAGUAGAAAUAACACCACCUCCUUAUUCACUGUUUAACAUACACAAGGUCCCAUUUUCUCCUUGUGUGUACAAUGAAUUAAUUACAUCUCAUCACGUUGAGCCACAUGAGCACAUACUCUAUUGGGAAACACUGCAAGAGAAGAAACACACGUGUAAGAAAAGAAAGGUCCAUCCUGGAGCAUCCUAGGAUGGGAUGGGCAAAGCAGCAGAUGUUUUCUUAGUAGGAACAGAACAUCUGUGUAACGAUAACUUUCGAGGUCCAUGGACAUCCUGAAUCAGGCACCUAGGUUGUAUUAUGUUGAAUUCAAAGGACUUUUCCUCCAUGAAGAAGCCAUUCUCUGUUGAGUGAAUACUGAUUUACCUUAUUUAGUUUUGGAUGAAGCAUUCAAUUAAUUUUUAAAGGCAGCAAGAGACCAUAUCAACCCUAGUGAAGAAAAAGCAAAGACGACGCAAUGAAACUUGUUCUUUCAUUAAAAACUAAUAGGUUAAUGUGUUAAUUUUAUACUGCUUGGAUGUCAUUUGCCUAUGUACCAUUAAAUGUACUCGUGUGGCAUUCCAGUGUGACUGAAGAAGAAAGCAUACAAGAUAUCCUGUGCUGGGGAAUUAGUUCCAGAAAUGUGAGCAGAAACUGCUUCCUCAGAAAAUCUGACAUUAGCAUUUUCCAGGUCUCAGUGCCCACAGUGGCCGCUACUCUCUGUGGUCAUAUACACAAAGAAAACCUCACACACAAGAUACCACUUGUGUGUUAUCAUGGAGAUGUAAUAAAAAGAGGAAAAUUAAAUGCAGAUAGACUGUCCUGUUACUGAUAUUUUAAAUUACAUUUUAGGGCAUUUGGCUGUGUACAAAAUAUCCUCAUAGUUAAGUAAAAAAUAAGAUGAUGCUUACUAACCUCAGAGGGUAAACGUUUCAGUCCAAAUCCCUAUCAGAUGCACAUGGGAAUCAAAAUGUCAAUCACAUGAACACCAAACACUUCAGCUGGAAGUGAGAAAGUGAGUAUACAUUAUAUGCAUCCCCCGUGACAUUUUGUAAAUGUACAUGGUGGUGUUUCAUGAAGAAACCCCUAAAUCCUGCAGUGCAAUCCUUCUGUGCUCUGUGCAGCUCCAUUCCACCCAGGACUGACAGUGGAACCUGUGGUGCAGCCACAGAAUGCAGUGUGUUUCUCCCUUACAGGAAUUUGGUCUUAAACCUUUUGAUUAAGGAAUAUUAUUACUUGGCUAAUACUUACACAGGACAUUUUUUCUACUUCAAAUGGACGGUUCAUCUGGACUUUGAAGACUUUUUUGCAUUUACCUUGGGAAAGAUACAGCUAGCAAGGACAAUACUCCCUCAGGGCUUUCCUGGCCCUGAGGUCUCCCAAUAUUUUCUAAAUUUUUAAAAGUCUUACAGCAAGUUGUAUUUAAAAAAUGAGUCUUUUUGGACAUGUUGAUUACUUCAUAGAAGCCAUGACAUCUUGUGAGACAUCUUCAGAGAGGCUUAACCUGGAACAGAGACUAGACAGCUAAGAAAUAAAGUAGGUAUUUAUUAAAAGGCCUCAAUGGAUAUACCUUGGGCAGCACAAGAGCCUGCCCAGGGCUACACCCAAGAUGGACCCAAAA